CCACGCGCCACCCUUCCCCCCCGCUGUCUGCCGGGCCGGGCCCUUGCCCACCGGGUUCCCGUCCCUGCGCCCGCCGAGACGGAGGGCUGGGCGGCGAGGCUCGCUCUUCCCGGCGGGCCCGGCCGCCAGGGGUCCCGGGCGCCGGCGCCCCUCGGGGGACUACUUUUCCUCCGCGGAGGGACUACUUCGCGGAGGCGUCGCUGGCGGCGCGCACGGCUGGCGGUGGCGGCGGCGGCGGCGCGCCUGGGAGAGGGACGCCGGCCCGGUCAGGCCUCGGCGCGGCCUACACGCUCCGUCGCUCGCUCCCAGCCUAGCCCCGCGCCCCGCGCCCGGCCCGGCCAUGGCGGAGUCCUCGCCCGCCCGACGCCCGGUGCCCCUCAUCGAGUCCGAGCUGUACUUCCUCAUCGCCCGGUACCUGUCGGCCGGCCCGUGUCGGAGAGCCGCCCAGGUGCUGGUGCAGGAGCUGGAGCAGUACCAGUUGCUGCCGAAGAGGCUGGACUGGGAGGGCAACGAGCACAACAGGAGCUACGAGGAAUUGGUCUUGUCCAAUAAGCAUGUGGCUCCUGAUCAUCUGUUGCAAAUAUGCCAGCGCAUCGGUCCCAUGUUGGAUAAAGAAAUUCCACCCAGUAUUUCAAGAGUCACUUCUUUACUUGGUGCAGGAAGGCAGUCUUUGCUACGUACAGCAAAAGACUGCAGGCACACAGUGUGGAAGGGCUCUGCCUUGGCUGCUCUUCACAGAGGAAGACCUCCCGAAAUGCCCGUGAAUUACGGUUACCCACCAAGCCUUGUGGAGAUACAUCGAGGCAAACAACUCACAGGGUGUUCCACUUUUAGCACAGCAUUUCCAGGAACCAUGUACCAGCAUAUAAAAAUGCACAGAAGGAUUCUUGGACAUCUAUCUGCUGUUUACUGUGUAGCAUUUGAUAGGACAGGACAUAGAAUCUUUACAGGUUCAGAUGAUUGUUUGGUGAAGAUUUGGUCAACACACAAUGGCCGCCUAUUAUCCACAUUAAGAGGUCAUUCUGCAGAAAUUUCAGAUAUGGCAGUAAACUAUGAGAACACAAUGAUUGCUGCAGGGAGCUGUGAUAAAAUAAUUAGAGUGUGGUGCUUGAGAACUUGUGCCCCAGUUGCUGUGCUCCAAGGACACACAGGGUCAAUUACAUCUUUACAGUUUAGCCCAAUGGCCAAAGGCUCUCAAAGAUACAUGGUUUCUACUGGUGCUGACGGGACAGUUUGUUUUUGGCAGUGGGAUUUAGAAUCUCUGAAAUUUAGUGCACGUCCCUUGAAGUUUACUGAAAAGCCCAGACCAGGCGUUCAGAUGCUUUGUUCUUCUUUCAGUGUUGGUGGUAUGUUUUUAGCCACUGGUAGUACCGAUCAUGUAAUCAGAAUGUACUUUUUGGGUUUUGAAGCACCUGAAAAAAUUGCAGAACUUGAAAGCCACACUGAUAAAGUUGAUAGUAUCCAAUUUUGUAACAAUGGUGAUCGGUUUUUAAGUGGUAGCAGAGAUGGAACAGCACGGAUUUGGAGAUUUGAGCAGUUAGAGUGGAGAAGCAUUUUAUUGGAUAUGGCUACUAGAAUCUCAGGGGACUUAACCUCCGAAGAGGAAAGGUUUAUGAAACCCAAAGUAACAAUGAUAGCUUGGAAUCAGAAUGAUAGCAUUGUUGUCACAGCUGUGAAUGAUCAUGUCCUCAAAGUGUGGAAUUCUUAUACUGGACAGCUGCUUCAUAACUUGUUGGGACAUGCUGAUGAAGUGUUUGUUUUGGAAACACAUCCCUUUGAUUCCAGAAUUAUGUUGUCUGCAGGACACGAUGGCAGCAUAUUUAUAUGGGAUGUUACAAAAGGCACCAAGAUGAAACAUUACUUCAAUAUGAUUGAAGGACAAGGGCAUGGAGCUGUGUUUGACUGUAAGUUUUCACAAGAUGGACAGCAUUUUGCCUGUACGGACUCUCAUGGGCACCUUCUGAUAUUUGGUUUUGGAUGCAGCAAGCCGUAUGAAAAGAUUCCUGAACAGAUGUUCUUCCAUACUGACUAUCGACCACUGAUUAGAGAUUCUAAUAAUUAUGUCUUAGAUGAGCAAACUCAGCAGGCUCCUCACCUUAUGCCUCCACCAUUCUUGGUAGAUGUAGAUGGAAAUCCUCAUCCAACUAAGUAUCAGAGAUUAGUACCAGGCCGAGAAAAUUCUGCAGAUGAACACUUGGUUCCACAGCUUGGCUAUGUGGCAACAAGUGAUGGAGAGGUAAUUGAACAGAUUAUAAGCCUACAAACUAAUGAUAAUGGUGAAGGAAGCCCAGAGCCCAGUGUUCUUGAUGGAAUGAUAAGACAGUUGCAACAGCAGCAAGAUGAGAGGAUGGGAGCUGGUCAGGAUAAUAUUCCAAAUGUACUUCCAAAUGGGGAAGAAACACCACGAAGAGGUUUUAGAAGACUAAGCUUAGACAUCCAGUCCCCUCCAAAUAUUGGUCUGCGUCGUAGUGGACAAGUAGAAGGUGUUCGUCAGAUGCAUCAGAACGCUCCCCGUAGUCAGAUUGCUACAGAGCGGGACCUGCAGGCCUGGAAACGGAGAGUGGUUGUACCAGAGGUACCACUAGGCAUAUUUAGGAAGUUGGAAGACUUUAGAAUAGAGAAAGGUGAAGAGGAAAGAAAUCUUUAUGUAAUUGGAAGAAAAAAGAAGACUCUUCAGUUCUCACAAAAGUCAGAUUCGGUGGUUUUGAUGUCACCGUUUAGGCAGAGGACAUGUAGACGUAAAUAUCCAAAUUAUGGCAGAAGAAAUGUUGGACGGAUUGAGUUGUCUUCUGGAAAUGAGUCUUCAAGCUCUAUGAGACAUACUUCCUGUGAUCAAAGUGAAGGUUCUUGUUCUUCCGAAGAAGAAGAAGAAUGGAAAAGUGAUAGAAGAAGUGAAAGUGAUAGUGAAAGUUCAAGUGACUCUUCAUCGCGAUAUUCUGAUUGGACAGCUGAUGCAGGCAUCAAUUUGCAGCCUCCUUUACGAACUUCAUCUCGUCGGCGUAUUACUCGGUUUUGUAGUAGUUCAGAGGAUGAAGUGUCUACUGAGAAUUUAUCUCCUCCAAAAAGGAGACGAAAGAGAAAGAAAGAAAAUAAGCCUAAAAGAGAGAAUUUGCGGAGAAUAACUCCGGCAGAGCUCACAAAUACGGAAGAUGUAUAUGAAUGUCAUCCUCCAGUUUGGAUAACUGACACCACACUUCGAAAAUCGCCAUUUGUUCCACAAAUGGGCGAUGAGGUUAUAUAUUUUCGACAGGGUCAUGAAGCUUAUAUUGAGGCUGUCAGAAGAAAUAACAUUUAUGAACUGAACCCUAACAAGGAGCCAUGGAGAAAAAUGGAUCUUAGGGAUCAAGAAUUGGUCAAAAUAGUUGGAAUACGAUAUGAGGUUGGACCCCCUACACUCUGUUGCCUCAAACUAGCAUUUAUAGAUCCUGCAAAUGGAAAACUUAUGGACAAAUCUUUCUCUAUUAGAUAUCAUGAUAUGCCAGAUGUUAUUGACUUUCUUGUGUUGCGUCAAUUUUAUGAUGAAGCAAGACAGAGGAAUUGGCAGUCUUGUGACAGGUUCCGUUCUAUCAUUGACGAUGCCUGGUGGUUUGGAACAGUGCUAAGUCAAGAGCCCUAUCAGCCACAGUACCCUGAUAGUCAUUUCCAGUGUUACAUUGUUAGGUGGGACAAUACUGAAAUUGAAAAGCUUAGCCCAUGGGAUAUGGAACCAAUUCCUGAUAAUGUUGAUCCACCUGAAGAAUUAGGAGCUAGUAUUUCUGUUACUUCAGAUGAGCUAGAGAAAUUGCUCUACAAACCACAAGAUGGUGAAUGGGGUCAGAAAUCGAGGGAUGAAGAAUGUGAACGAAUUAUUAGUGGCAUAGAUCAACUUUUGAAUCUCGAUAUAGCAGCAGCUUUUGCAGGUCCAGUUGAUCUCUGUACGUACCCGAAGUACUGUACUGUAGUGGCUUACCCAACUGAUCUUUACACAAUUCGAAUGAGACUUGUUAAUCGAUUUUACAGGAGGCUAUCUGCAUUGGUUUGGGAAGUCAGAUAUAUAGAACACAAUGCCAGAACAUUUAAUGAACCUGAGAGUGUAAUUGCAAGAUCAGCUAAGAAGAUAACUGACCAACUUCUAAAAUUUAUCAAGAAUCAAGACUGUACAGAUAUCUCAGAACUUUCUAACACUUCUGAAAAUGAUGAGCAAAAUGCCCAGGCUUUGGAUGAUAGUGAUCUCCCUAAAACAUCUUCUGGAAGAAGAAGAGGCCAUGAUUGGAAAAAAAGGAGCAGCAAAGCCACCAGCUAUGUUGAAAGCAACUGGAAGAAACAGUGUAAGGAACUAGUGAACUUAAUUUUUCAAUGUGAAGAUUCUGAACCAUUUAGACAACCUGUUGAUUUGGUUGAAUAUCCAGACUAUCGAGAUAUUAUAGAUACUCCAAUGGAUUUUGGAACAGUAAGGGAGACUUUAGAAGCGGAAAAUUAUGACAGCCCUUUGGAAUUUUGCAAAGACAUCCGGUUGAUAUUUAGCAAUGCAAAAGCAUAUACACCAAACAAAAGAUCAAAGAUUUACAGUAUGACCUUAAGGUUGUCUGCCUUAUUUGAAGAAAAAAUGAAGAAAAUCUCUUCUGAUUUUAAAAUUGGUCAAAAGUUCAAUGAAAAACUUCGAAGAAGCCAGAGAUUCAGGAGACAGCAAAAUUGUAACCGUGUCAGUCAGGCUACCAAAAGUAUCAGAAAUACCAAGCAGAAGCGUUUAAAAUCUCAGACAAGAGUAAUUCCUGAGUUGGUAGGUUCUCCUACCCAGUCUACCUCAAGUCAGGCAGCUUAUUCUGCAAGCCACAAGACAAGUGCUAGUGUCUCUUCGGGUGUUUCUUCUGGGGACUCUUCCGAUUCAACAGGAUCAUCAGAAAGAAUGAGAAGCAGUAGACCUGUCACUCAAACAAAUGGUUCUACAUUAUCUGAAAGUGAAAUGGAAGAGUCCUUAGGUACCUCUUCAUCGUCCUCAGCUUCAGAGAGUUCAGAGGAGAGCAAAGGGAGUUCAAGAGCUCGUGAGCCCUCCUUGCGCAGUAGGCUGGCCAGAAGUAGCAGUCUCAGAGUGACCAGGACCCGGGCUGCGCAGAGAAGACCUGGUCCAGUUUCUUUAGAAAAUGGAUGUGGCAGAAAAGCCACUCGAAAGAGAGUCUAUUUAAGUGACUCCGAUAACAAUUCCUUGGAAACUGGUGAAAGUUUAAAAGCCCGAGCUGGAAAUAACCGGAAAGUGCUAAGAAAGUGUGCCGCUGUGGCUGCCAAUAAGAUAAAGCUAAUGAGUGAUAUAGAGGAGAAUUCCAGCUCUGAAAACGUCUGUUCUGGCCGUAAGCUGCCUCACCGCAAUGCUUCUGCUGUGGCUAGAAAAAAGUUGUUAUAUAAUUCUGAAGAUGAUCAGAGCUUGAAGUCCGACACCGAAGAAGAGGAGGAACAUCAACCAUCACCAGUGUCCAGUUCUCAUGCUGCCCAAAAUACUGUCAAUGAAUCUGAAAACGGAGAUUCAGAGUCAGAAAGUGACUUGCAGGAAGUCCGGAAAAAUUGGCAUGCUAAUGGUUACAAGUCCCAUACUGCAGCAGCUUCUAAAACAAAACUUCAAAUAGAGUCUUCUGAGGAAAGUCAUGGUUCAGAUAAUGGACAUAACAGAACUAAUGGCCCAUCAACGUCUAGGCAGAAACUUAAGGCAGGAAGUGUCUCGGGGGAAGAGGAGGAAGCAGAUUCUGAACCAAGAAAAUACCCUAUUAGGAAAUACAACACAACUCGCAAGAAUGCCACCUUCCUUAAAAAAGCAAAGGUCUUUACUGAUUCAGAGGACUCUGAAUCAGAAGAUAGAGGAGAUGGAAGAUGUCACAAAAUGGAAACAAAUCUGCUGUCAGGAAAUUUGAAGUGUGAACCUGUGGCUGCGUCCCACUGUUUCUCAGAUCACGUGUCUGAAACUGAUGUGGAUUCAGAUGAUGACAAGACAAAAGAAAAACCAAAUGAUUUUAUGAGAGAUUCGACGUCACAGGACCAUGGACAAAGCAGAAAAGUUUCCAGGAAAAGGGUCUGUUCCAGUGACUCAGACAGCAAUUCGAAGGCGGCUAAGAAACCCUCCAGAGCCAAAACGGGUCUCCAAAGGAUUCCUCGAAGAUGCGCAGCCACCGCUGCCAGUAAGAUUAAGCUCCUGAGUGAUCUGGAAGAUGGUGGCUCAGAAAACGUGUGCACUAGAGGCAAGAGGAGAAGGAAGAAGCCCCUCCGUUUUGCAUGUUCCACAGCUAAGAAGAUCGGGAGUGAGUCUGAGGGCGAGGUCAGCUGUGGCGGGCCAGACGAGCAGAGCGCCUGUGAAGGGGAGCCGCCCGAGGCCGACUCAGAAGGCAGCACAAACAGCAUGCACCCGCCUCUGAACGGAGACUCCGACUCCGAAGGUGUGCCCAAUUCGGAAUGUAAGGACAGGCCUGCCAGGCGUACCAACAGCCACAGAACAAACGGUGCACCUUCUAGAACCAAGAGUUCGUUGUUUGGAUCUUCAGAGGAAGAUUCAAAAAGCCAUAUUCCAGGGGGUGAGAUUGGUAGAAAAUUUUCUUCCGCAUCAACUUUGGAGCAAAAAACUACUGCAGAGACUAACUUUGAAGAGGAACUGAAUUACGGGCUGCGCAGGUGGAAUGGCAGAAGACUCAGGACCUAUGGGAAGGCUCCGUUCAGUAAGACGGGAGUGAUUCAGGACUCCCAGGAAGUCGCUAAGACGGAAACAAAAAGGAAGAGACUGCAUCCUAAAUUGGGAAAUGGGAAGAAUUCAGAAACAACAGGGAGUUCGGAGUGUGGACCUGACACUGGUCCCAAAUCUGAGUCCGAGUUGGGAUCUGUAACUGAGUCAGAUGUCGACUCUGCUGAUGAGACAAAAACCAAAAGGAGGAAAACAAAAGGAAAAGCAAAAGGAAAUGUUAGAAAAGGUAAAACUUUCCCAGCUAACAUAUCGAAAACUGUGAGGCAACAAAGACAGAGCAAGCGUCCUAGGUUAAAUGUGGAUGAUAAUGACUGGGAGGAUUUGGACUAUGCAAAAUCUAAGAGAGUUCUUCGACGUUCAAAAAUUAAAACGAGAAAUCAGGGUAGAAGGACUGUGAGAUACCAUGAUGGGGAUGAUGAUAGAAACUUAGAAAAUGUGUUAGAUUUUGAUGAUUGCACCUUAUGACCUUGAGGGAAAACCAGUUCAUUUAAAGAGGAAAUGGACUGGAAGUUAUGGUGAAACCUGGCUGUUGAAAUUAUUAUUUUUUUUGUCCUACAAUUCAGGGAAUAUAUUUAUAUUUUUCUAUGAAAAGUUAUGAAUGUGACUAAAUCAUGACUGUUAUUUUUAUUUGCACUUGCUUGCCUUUGUAGCAGCAUUCAGCACAGGUGCCAAAAUAUGCUUCAUUUUGGGGGCAGAUCUACUUAAACAGUAUUUAACUACAUAUAGCAAGAGUUUGAAAUACGUUAAACACUAGACAUCCUGGUUAUCAAAACCAGUGAGCAUUACUUUCAUGGUCGCAAGUGCCAUGCAGAUAUUUUUGGAAUUUGUCAAGAGGUGGUAGUUUCUAACCCGUGUCAUAUUGUAGCAUAACAAUUUCACAAGACCUAUGUUUACAGAUUUUUCAUAAAUAUUAUGUCCAUACCGACAUUACAAUCAUGGGAGGUGUUACCAUGAUUAGUAGUAGGCAAGGUACCUACCACUUUUUUUUUUUUUCUUUCCCUGGCUACUUGAGUAGAAUGCAUUAUACCAUAUUUGGUCAUUUUUAUUGGAAUGGUUUCCAGUUUUCUUUACAAAUGCUGUUGCGUCUUUCUCUCUUUUUCUUUAUUUUAAAGGAAAAUAUCAUUAUUAUUUUAUAAACUUGAAUUUAUAAAGUGCUGGUAAAUUAUUUUUUUUAAUGUUUUGAUCAUAUAUUUCAAUUCCUAAGGCCAGACCAUAGUGCUAGCAUUUUCUUUUAGAUUGUGCUCUAACUAAAGGCUAUAUAAUUUUCUUUCCAUGAUCUCCUGGUUUUCAUGUGAGGGAUUUAACCAAACUCUUGGUCUUCGAUAGUCUUACUCUGUGACAUAGAGGAGUUUGUGUGCCUUAGAUUUAGGGAGAGUUUAUUCUUUAAUAGAGUGUACAGAACUCAGAGAAUAUUUAAAUUAUAGUUCCCCCCAUUUCUAUUGAAAUCGUAGGGUUGAGUUUUGUUAAGUGUGCAAUUGCAAAUCUCAUCUAUAUAGGAAACUAGUGAAACAUUUUCUCCAUCUCUUUGUUUUAGCUCACUGCUGCCAUGUGCAAUCGCAAGCAUUCUUUGCUGGGGCAACUUAAGUGUAACUUCAUUAGUGACCUCUAGUUUAAACCUAAGAAAAGUCAUAUUUUGUUGGAAAAUAAUUUUGGAAUCCAUUUAAAGCGAAACUUUUAUCACAUCAUCAAAUACCAUAGUACACUUUUUUUUUUGAGCCAAAUAUUUUUACUUGAUAAGAUUGUGCUACUCCAAACAGUAUAGGUGGCCAUUCCUAGCUUGUUUGUGCCUGAAGAUGGACUUGAUUCAAAUGGUUUACAUAUUUUGUAGUGAAGGGGUAUGUUACAGUACUCCCACCUUUACUAUUUAUUGGCCCUAUUUGGUUUCAGACUAAAUUAACCUUUUUCUCCUGUGUAUCCUUACAGUGGCAGAUAGGGAAAAGCACCAGACUCUGGUAUUAGUGUUAGAGAAUGUUCUUAAGUGUUGUUGCUUUGCAGUUAUCUAUUCUGUUUGACAUGGUAACAGUAUUUUCUCUCUCAGACAUUGCCUGGUGAGAUAGGUGGGAGGCCUGCCUCUCCUUUGGUUGGUUAGAGAUGCUCUUCUUCUCAAAGCUUGCGUUAAGUGCAUAGUAGACAGUUUGGUGCAGGAUAAUUGUCCUUCACUCUUGACCUGAAAAAAUUAAUGGAAUGCUCUUUACUUUCUUAAUUUUAAGAAGUGAUGAUAGAUGUCAUAUCCAUUAAUUUAUUUAAACUUUUCUUAAGCUUCUCCAUUUUAUAUCUAGUCUCAGGGUUCUAACUCCAUGUUUACCAUCAUUUGCAAAAAGGUACCAAAAAUCCAUAAAUAAAUAUGGAAUACAUUCAUAAACACAUAAAUUCUUUUGGUAAAAUGCUAGUUUGAUCAUUUAGGCUUCAUUAAUAGAACUAUUCUUUAGACUGAAUUAACUGGUCAUUGACUGGCUGGUCAACUAAUUCCUAAUUUUUCAUUUUGUCCAAAAUAGUUACACCCUUAUUUAUAUAAGAAGUAUUCUGGUUUCAUCUGGAAAAAACACACAAGAAUUGUCCUGGUAACUUUGAAUGUGUGGUUGACAAUGGUAGCUUCUCAAAUUCUGAAGUAAAACUAAGGGAUUAUAUAGAGAGAAUCAUUUUUGUGGGUUUUUUUGGUCAUGGUGCUAUUCCUAAGGUUAACUGAAUAUGUGACACACACUCCUAAAUACCUUUAAGGAAAAUUAAUAAAUAAUUAAUAGUUCAAAAUGUUUACAUUGAGCACUAGAACGUUUGAUUUUUUUUUCUACUUUAUGCGAAAAGGGCAGGGAUUUAAUGCACAGAUGUACUUUAAUAAGUUUGGGAUCGGUUUGUGUUUUUCUUGUGAGAAAAGACAAAAGGUUACAAAUUGAAUGUGAACUGAUGAAGGGCUAUAGCUGUCCAUUGCACUUGACGAACUUAAUGGUAUAUGAAAAAAAUACUACUGUGUUGUGUAUGUCCAAAGUCCUCUGACUUUAUUCAUUUAUGGUUUAAACAAAAAGGUUUGAGGUACUUAGGUUUGAUUUUUUUAUUUCUUUGAAUAACUAAUUUUACCAAGCAUAUUAAGAAAAAAGAAUUCAAAUGUUUAAAAAUAGGUGAGGUUUUAAAAGCAUUUUUUUUCAUAUUCUACUUUUUUAAAAAGGGUAUAUUGACAAUGUAUAGUAAUUUCUGAAUAAAAGGAAAAAUAUAUCCCAAGAUAA